GCCCACGUGAACAUCGAGCGCUUUUUGCUCGCGCCCUAACUUGUCCUUGACUUCUACGGUCUAGCCCCACCACCUUAACAGUAUUUACUUUCAGACAUACACACACGGUAUCCCACGGCUUCAGUGCUUCAGUGCCCUGGGGCCCUCACUAGCUCGCGUUGUUGCGCAAGAAACAGUAUGGACUUUCUCCCUGUUGCGCCGCGCGUGGUCGGCUUCUCUGCCACGGAGGCGCCCCUGCAGCACGAGGCAGCUCACGAGGUUUGCAAGCUGCAGACGCAGCGGAGCUUGCUCAGCGAGAUGCUGAGCCAGUGCGCGCAAGAAGGCGAGUACUCGGAGAGUGAGGUCGACGACGAGGAGAGCUACAGCGACGAUGAUGAUGCUGGGGCGCCCAUCGUGCGCCAGGACACCGGCUCAAGUAUGGAGCCAGCGCGCUCCGAGCCCAUCGCAAUCCCUUGCGGAGAGUCUUUCGCAAACCAGCGUGCCAAGGACGCCUACCGUCGCCUGCUGUACCAGAAGCAGGUUGAGCACCUUUACCAGAAGCAGCAGCAGCAAGUGCAGCAGAUCGCACUGGCGCAACAACGGCAGCAGGCGUACCUGGUGCAACAGCAGCGCCUGCAGCAGGCGCAGGCGCAGGCCCGCGCGCAGGGGCGCGUGUAAGCAGUCACUAGUCACGUGCGACUCGAGCGCUCGAUGUGGCGCACCAUUCUGACCGCGGACUAGUCCUUGCUUACGUGGGUUGCGUGACUACUACUCUGUGAUAUCUAUGCUGCACAUCAGCAGUGACAUUUUCGUCGCUGGCAUAACCGAGCCGGCUGCUAUCCGCCUGGCGGCAUCUGCCGGCGGCAGCGGUUUGACAUGCCUGCGCAAGUGACAAGCGUGCGUGCAACGCAGCGUUGCCAUUCCCACGCGGUGUGGGUCAUGGCGUGACGAUCAGGGGAUUCUAAUCGUUUGACGUACAUGACGUGUGGCAGCACGCCUGCUUUUUCUCUGACCCAAGACUGCAUGUAGUGAGCCCGCCCUCUUGGGCUUGCUCCCGAACCGAAUGCAACCGGAAUCCGCUCUUGCGUGGUAGCCGUAUGGCAAUAGACGUAAUACUGCUGAGCGUGAUGAGCUUGCAGAGCGCGUGGGCUUUGAGUGCUUUUGGAGAUUGCUACAUUGAGGGGGGUUGAUUAGCCCGGCGUGCCGGGCCAUUAGUGAAUUUGUUUGCUCGAGGAGUGAUUGUCGGUUGAGCAGCGCGUGUGGCAUGGCAAGUGUUGCCAGUCCGGGAGCAGGCAGCGAUGAUGGCUGGACACAUGGGACACCUCGUACGCAGAUGAUUAUGGCAAGUGCGUGUUCCUGGGUCUGGCGACUCACCAACGAAGAGGACCGAGACAAAACGAAAAAGGAGAGGCUUGUCGUCGGAUGCCCAAGCGGGUAAGGCAGGCGUUUGUGCGGGCGAGAGGGGAAAGCAUGCUGUGACUUGAGGGCUUGUGCGCCAUAUAGUAGGCAGACCGUGACCUGUGACGAAUAGUACGCAUAGACUUUGAAAGUGAAGCUGGCGAUGUAGUUGUUUGUUUGGCAGACAGGUAGACCGUGCAUGACUUUUUGGAAAGCGGGCCAUUCGAGUGUAGAAUGUAGGCGCUACAGCUGGAACUAGGAGUAGUUGUUUAGCAUGUACGAGUACGUUAAGGGGACUUUAGGGUACUUACUGUUUGAACCGGACGGCAGUGCGCCCCGUUGGGGCGGAGCGCGUGCUCAGUCAUGGUUGCUCAAGAACUGUGGGGUGCAGCUGUGGGAAAUGGCAAGAAGACUGCGCCUGCGCGAGAGAAAGGUUUUAGGAUAGCGGUGAGUCCGUACAGCACAAUUGGGUUACGCUGCCAAGGUUCAUGGAUGAUUUUGAAAGCUUAUACAACAACAUGCGCAGGCUUGGCAAGAAUAUGUUUUGUUUGCCGGUGGCAAAUAUGGUGCUAGUGAACACGAAGGAAUGCGCUAAGAGGAAGUAGACGUGGACGAUAUGUAAGACGGAGUCUGC